AUGGCGUCCAGCGCACCUGUUGGUCAUCAUGGCGUCCAGCGCAUCUCCGACCAAGCUUCUGCGCGUCUGGAGGCAAGCUCGUCGACAACCCGGUAUAUUUUGGGUCUCUCGGCAAGGGGGGGCACGAAACAGCUUGCCUCGCUCGGUGACUUCUGGCUUCUUUUAUUCGGCUACGACCACGGCGUCGUGUCGCGCGGGCUCGAUGCGUUUCCGCGUGUCGCCGGACGGUCGAAUACCCACGAGUACGCGUGA